UGCGCGCGGAGCGCCGGCUGAGGUCGGAGCGAGCCGGCGUGGUGCGGGAGCUGUGCGCGCAGCCGGGCCAAGUGGUGGCCCCCGGGGCGGUUCUGGUGCGAUUGGAAGGAUGUAGCCACCCAGUUGUCAUGAAGGGCUUGUGUGCUGAAUGUGGCCAAGACCUGACCCAGUUACAGAGUAAGAACGGCAGGCAGCAGGUGCCGCUGUCCACGGCCACCGUGUCGAUGGUGCACAGUGUCCCGGAGCUGAUGGUGAGCUCCGAGCAGGCCGAGAAGCUCGGACGGGAGGACCAGCAGCGGCUGCAUCGCAACAGGAAACUGGUGCUCAUGGUGGACUUGGACCAGACCCUGAUCCACACAACAGAGCAGCACUGCCCACAGAUGUCCAACAAAGGCAUAUUCCACUUCCAGCUGGGCCGGGGCGAGCCGAUGCUGCACACCCGCCUGCGUCCACACUGCAAGGAGUUCCUGGAGAAGAUCGCCCGGCUGUACGAGCUGCACGUCUUCACCUUCGGCAGCCGGCUGUACGCGCACACCAUCGCGGGGUUCUUGGAUCCUGAGAAGAAGCUUUUUUCUCACCGAAUAUUAUCGAGGGACGAAUGUAUUGACCCGUUUUCUAAAACAGGGAAUCUGAGAAAUCUCUUCCCUUGUGGAGACUCAAUGGUUUGCAUCAUUGAUGACCGAGAAGACGUCUGGAAGUUUGCCCCCAACCUGAUCACUGUGAAGAAGUACGUGUACUUCCAGGGCACGGGGGACGUCAACGCCCCGUCUGGGUCCCGGGAGCCUCAGGCCAGGAAGAGAGGUGCCGACAUCCCGGAACAGCCUCCAUCCGUCAGGGACCCCGAGGAAGGAAGGCAGGUGUCUGGGGUUGAGCAGAGCAACGGCCUCGGGAAACCAGCGAGGGAGCUAAACGGAGGUGCUGCUCCACGGGGGGGCUGGCCCUGGCCUGGGCAAGAGGAGGACAGGGGCGCCCGGCCCGCCGCCCGCACCCCUGGGGCCGAUGGCAGGGGGCCCCCAUCAUGUGUACAGCAGCGGGGGCGGACACAGCCCGAGAAGCGGCCCGUGUGGGGCCCCACAGGCCCCGACCUGGAGCUGGACGUCCCCAGUGACAGCGGGAGCAGCAGUGAGUCUGAAGGCCGGCCGUCCCCCGCCGCCUCUGACUGCGAGAGCGGGGAGAAGAGGGCCCGGAAGACCAAGGCCCCCCGGGACGCCGGCAAGGGCGGCCCACCCGGCGCAGCGGCGGACAGGCCUGCGGGUGCCAACCACUGCGGGGAGCCCACGCCCGGUGCCCACCUGGACGGCCAGGAGGAGGGCGAGCGGGACGGCCUCUGCGGGCUGGGCAGCGGCUGUGCUGACAGGAAGGAGGCCGAGACGGAGUCGCAGAACAGCGAGCAGUCAGGCAUCACNNACGACGAGACGACGCGCGGGCGGGUGGGUGUGGGUGGUGUGUGUGUGUGUUGUGAGGAGGAGGAGGACGCCGACGACGAUGACCACCUGGUGCACCUGGAGGAGAUCCUGGCCCGUGUGCACUCUGACUACUACGCCAAGUACGACCGCUUCCUCCGCGGGGAGGCCCGGGAGCCCCCCGACAUCCGGAAGAUUGUGCCCGAGCUCAGGAGCAGGGUGCUGGCUGAUGUCACCAUCAUCUUCAGUGGGCUGCACCCCACAGACUUCCCGGUGGAGAAGACGCGGGAGCACUACCACGCCACGGCGCUCGGUGCGCGCAUCCUCACCCAGCUGGUGCUGGACCCCGACGCCCCCGACAGGGCCACCCACCUGAUCGCGGCGCGGGCCGGCACGGAGAAGGUGCGCCAGGCCCAGGAGUGUGGGCAGCUGCACGUGGUCAACCCCGACUGGCUGUGGAGCUGCCUGGAGCGGUGGGACAAGGUGGAGGAGCAGCUGUUCCCGCUGAGGGAUGACCACGGCAGGGCACAGAGGGAGGACGGCCCGGCAGCCUUUCCCGACAGGCAGGGUGUGCUUCCCACCACCCUGUUCCACCCGACGCCCGUCCAUCCCAAGGCCCUGCCCGGCCCCGAGGCUCGGGUGUAUGACGCCAGCACGGGCAGGCUCAUUCGGAAGGGCGCUGCGGGCCCCGGGCCCCCCGGCUCCCUGCCCGUCCACGCAGAGCUCUCCUCCUUCAGGGCUGUUCAGCCACAUCCACCGCCGAUGUUUGGUGAGGACGUGCCAGACCAUCAGGAUGGGGAGCCGCCCGGCCCCCCGCGCAGGAAGCGCCAGCCCAGCCUGUCGGAGACAAUGCCACUGUACACGCUGUGCCGGGAGGACCUGGAGAGCAUGGACAGAGAGGUGGAUGACAUCCUAGGAGAAGGCAGUGAUGACAGCGACAGUGAGAGGAGGCGGCCGGAAGAGCAGGAGGAGGAGGAGCGGGGACGGAGGCCCCGUGAGCCUGAGGCCCCGGGGGCCCAGCGGGGACGCGCGCUCAAGUCCACUCCAUCCAGCGAGGGGAGUGCAGCGGAUGGCCGGGGGCCCAGGGGCCACAAGCGGAAGCUGAGCGAGGGGGAUGCUGCCAGCGGGUCCAGCUGCGAGGACGAGGAGGACGAGGACGAGGAGGGGGGCAGCUCGGAGGCAGACGAGAUGGCGGCUGCGCUGGAGGCCGAGCUGGGCGACCUCAUGUGACCGCCGGGCGGGGCUGGCACACGGCCACCUCCGUCUGCACAGGCCGCCCCCGGUGGGGUUGCCUUUUCUCCAGAGGGACGUGUCUGUUUAGCACAGCUCAACAUACAGAAACACGUUAUUUUGAAGAAAAUAGGUGUUUUUAGAAAUUUUACUACAGGAAAGCCGACUUUUUUAAGUGACAGCGUGUGACGGGGAGCGUGGUUCAUGCCAAAGAUGCUGGUCAGCUCAGCGGAGCCGCCUGGCGAGCUGGAGCUUGUGGUCUGCUGUCAGGCAAUGAGGGGCUUGGGGGGGGGCUCCCUAAAUACCGCACUUCAUUUAGGGAGGAGACUGGGGAUCCGACACCACGUGGGGGACGAUGUCAUGAGAACCCACAUUUUCAUGCUUUUUCACAACUAUAGCCACCAAACAAACGUGUUGGAUGUUAACUGAGGCAGAACAGUCACGUGCGUCAAAACCUGACAUCGGGUGGACAGGCCUAGGGGGCCCAAGGGAGCAGCACCGAGGCAGCCGGGCCCCUGGAGCUCUGCAGCGACCCGGGUUCCAGCACGGGGUCCACUCCACACACCCAGACCUCCCCCUUCCUCCGCAGGUGUCUGGAGUCUGGACAGAGGGCUGCCCUCAGUAGCAGCCUGGCUCCCCUGCGAGAUCGGAUGUAAAGUUUUGUAUAUCGAUUUCGUAUUUGACACACAGAUUUUUUCUUUCAUUUAAUAAAAGUCCUUUUUGUAAGCCUU